GUCCUUCUUCUGAAUACACGACACCUCAUCCUCCUCUGCUCGGCACCGUCCAACGGAGACGCAACACGUCUUCUUCGUCUUUCUUCCCCGGUGGUCGAGGUGGUCUUCACCUCCGCGUUAAACUCAGCCCGAGCCGCCUGCAGUUGUUGAUUAUCCGGGGAGCAGCAUGCGCUCCUUAGCGGGACUCGUUGCCAUCGCGGCGGUGGCAAGUGUUUACCUGUACCUGCUGUCCACUUGUCUUCCCCCGGGACCCAGGAAGGUCAAAGGGGAGUCCGAGGGAGUCCAGGAGUACCGGCUGAAGUUCCCGUCGGACCUGGAUGAGCUGCGAGAGCUCGCACACACGCUCAAGUUUUAUGAAAGGGAACAUUAUGGCUACGUUCUGCUGCUGUACUGCAGUGCCUACCUUUACAAACAGUCCUUUGCCAUACCUGGCUCCUCCUUACUGAACAUGUUAGCUGGAGCGAUAUUUGGGCCCUGGCUGGGUCUGGCUUUGGCCUGUGUGUGCUCCACUGCAGGCUCCACGUUAUGCUUCCUGCUCUCCUCUGCGUUUGGAAAGCAGUACGUGGUUUAUCUGUUCCCAGAGACGGUGGCUAUGCUGCAGAGGAAGGUGGAGGAAAAUCAUAGCAGUUUAUUCUUCUUCCUACUUUUCCUUCGCUUCUUCCCUAUGACUCCUAAUUGGACCCUUAACAUCACCUGUCCCGUCCUCAACAUCCCUAUGUCUAUUUUCUUCUUCUCUGUGCUCAUAGGUUUGAUUCCCUACAACUUCAUCUGCGUUCGCACGGGCUCCAUCCUCUCCAAGAUCUCCUCUCUGGACGACAUCUUCUCCUGGAGUACGCUGGCUCAGCUCCUGGCCAUCGCCCUCAUGGCUCUUGUUCCUGGAGCGCUGAUCAAACACUGCAGUAAAGAUUGUCUCAAGGUGGACAGCAAUGGAACGAGUCAAGCUGAAAUCAAGAAUGCCCGGAAGAGACAGUGAUUCUGGGACAAAGGAGGACUGAAGAGCAUCUCCGGCGGAGACAAAAAGCUGCCUUAUUGGUAGCAGGUGUGUCACAUCUACUCCACUCCUGAGGCUCAUCAUUCAGUAAGCAGCAAUAGCAUGAUCUGUACCACAAGUGUAGAAAGAUCUUCAGGUCGUGUUGCCAACCUUUUUUAAAAAUAUAACAUUAUUUUAUUGGUGAAUAAAAAACCCAGCUCACGAUCCCUAUUAGAGGGUGAACAAUCCGGCGCUCGGUGAAUUCUGCUUCACAACGAGAGGAAGGGCCGACAUCGAAGGAUCAAAAAGCGGCGUCGCUUUGAACGCUUGUGUCGCCACAAGCCAGUUAUUCCUGAGGUAACUUUUCUGACACCUCCUGCUUAAAAAAACAAAAAGUCAGUAGGAUCGGUGCACAUUUGCUUUCCAAGUGUCUUGGAGAAUUUAUGUAGCCUUCAGUUAGCAUCAAAACUCCAAAGAUUGUGAAACAAGUGGUGGUAUAAAUAUAAAAGUUUAAGGGAGAUUUAUAUAUUCAUGUAUUUAUUGUAAAAUAAAAGUCUUAAAAGUUACAGCUGUUUAGUGUUGCUCUUCUAGUAGUUCAUAUGAUGGAGAGUUGUGUUAAAGUUAAUGUUAGUACAGAUUAAAAUGAAUGAUUAUUAAUUUAUUGAAUUAAAAAAUGCUUAAACGCACACUAUAUCUCAGUGUCUCUCAGUCAAAACAACGACAAGAGACCUACUUUGUUGACCCCGGGAAGCAGAAUGGGAUCAUGGGAAUUGAUUGGUUCACAUUGGGCUUGCACUUCAUGGGGAGCGCUUCAGUUGUGAUUGCAUUAGUGAUGACGUCAUUAGGGCCACCAAAAUCAAACAGCCCUUAUUCUGCCUUGAAUAGAAAAAUGAAUUUCAGUGGAUUUAAAAACAGAAAUGCUACAUAUUGUAUCUUCAAGACACACAAGAAUGAACCCUAUAUAUAUAUAUGACCAUUAUUAAACUUUAUAGUUUAGUGUGUGAUAGUGGCAUAUACUGAUCUGUUAAGCUCCACUUAACCCUACCGGCUUGUUUGUUCACAUUGGAUAUCCACACGUGCAUUAGCAGCUGCAUGUUAUGUAUUUGUUGAUCGUUACACACUGCUGUGUGUUAUGAAGACCAGACGAGCGAGAUGAUAAGUUUUACUUUUUGCAUCAUAUUUACUCAAUACCUCCCGCAGCCACACAGUUUCUUCACAGAGAACUUCUGUGGAAAACUGUUGUGUUUUGUGCGUUUGUCUUUUCCCAAAGCACUAACUUAUGUGUCUUAAUGGAGCUGUGAUUGCAUUCACAGCAGAUUGUUUACAGUUGCUCUGCGAAGGACAGUUGUGAUCGUCUCAUGAUUGAGUUUCUGCCCAGAUAGAACAAAUCUGUUUAAUCAGUUUAAUCGGACUCAUUUUUUCCCAUGCAUUAUCUAUUUGUCAUAAAUAUUCAGUUUGAAUAAAAGUUGUAAUUCUCUCAGUUUUUGUAACCUCACACUUUGAUACCAUCUCUUUCCUACAGUCAUGAGAAGAUCACAUCUGCUGCUUGAUUAUGAGACUUAACAGGUGAUGCACUUUGUGUCUGCUGCUAUCAGUGCAACCUAUUAACUGUUAAAGUUGAAUAGACUGGAAUUGUAUUUUUGUCGUUUUUUUUUUCAUUUAGAAAAAAGUCUUAGUUGUUGCGUCUUAACACAAAAACACAACCAAUAAGGGACAGUUUGGCCGUGAAGUCCUGCAACGUAUCGGAAUCGUUUACUGUCAUUAUCAACCUGAUCUUGUGAUGGCCUUUUGUAAAAUGUACAGUAUGUGUUGAAUUUUUGUUUAAAUUCAGGAUUUGCUGUCACGUCGCUCUGUGAGCUUGGUGCUUCCGCUAUUUUGUAAAUCUGAAAAAAAACAACCCAAGUGCCAGAUAUACUGUCUCUCUGACAGCAGCUUUAAUGAGCACUUUUGCAGUGACAAAAGCCCCAAAACUGUUCCCUUUGCUUACACAUGUAGGGAGGCAUGCAGCAGUCAGCAUAGGGACCUAUGGUGCAGGCCAUAUUUAAAGUGGUUAUACUUAUUCCUCAGGCUCAGUUGCUUUGUGUGAGCAGCUUGAACUGUAUUUGUCCUUGUUUGCUUUAUGUAGAACUCAGGACUCCACUCUUCCCGUUUUCAUACGCUUGCUUAGGAGAGACAGAAUUUGAAAAGAAAAGAAGCUUUAAUGUAAUAUGCUGUGUAUAAUGCAGGUAUUUUGUAGACGACAUAAAAAUGUUCAUGAUUCGAGUUAUUUUUCUAUGACAUAAUUCAGUGUUAAAUACACUGUCAGAAACAGUAACCUGUGGUGAAAUAAAGUGAAAUGUAGAAGUUUG